AUGGCAGCAACAACAACCGCAACACCCGUCCGUCCAUCUGGCGCCGCGGCCAGAGUCGUUCCCUUCCUCGUCGUCGCCGGCUCUGUUUCCAUCGUCGCCUACUAUGUCGGCUCCCAGCUGAGCCGGUCGCGGAACGUCAUGGACAGUCGCUUCGCGCAGUACAACAGCUCUCAGAGCGAGACGCAGCGUCGCAAAACCUUUGAGGGCAACGCGCACCUCGACCCCAGGACGAGCCUGUUCAACCUCCUGGGGCACUAG